AUGUGCUGCUCAAGUAGCCUGGGUUGUAGAUUGUGCUAUUUUUCGAUUCGAUGUAUCAGAAAUAAUAGAAACUUCUGUUUCAGCGAGGUACUAGACGUUCUAGUGAAAAACGGAGGUGAUUUGGGAUUGGGCACAAAUACUCCACUGAUGGAAGCAGCCCAGGAAGGGCACGCCUCCACGGUCAACUACAUCCUUGCAGCAGUGAAACCAGUACGUGCUGAGAUUUUAACUGUAGCUCUAUUUUUCAUUUCACAAGCCUCACAAUCUUUAGGAAGCUCGCUCUGUGAAGUUUCAGAAUGGACACUUCGAGGUCGUAAUUUUGACUACGAUGGACGUACUGCUCUGAUGAAAGCGGCAAAGAACGGUUUUGUUGAAAUCGUAGAGUUUCUUGUGUCAAAAGGAGCUGAUGUCAACUACAGAUCUUCAAAUGGAGACGCAACAGCUUUGUCUUUGGCUUGCUCCGCUGGCCAUAAAGACAUUGUAAAACUCCUUUUGAAGUGUGGUGCAGAUCCUAACAUCGAACUUAAGGUAUGUGAUGGUGUGACUUGUGUGAUGGAAGCCGCAAGAAACGGGUUCGUUAACAUCGUAGAGAUGAUGCUCGAUCAUAGCGGGGUUUUCCCUCAACCUCCUCGAGUAUUACCGAGCGGAACUGUUCCGCAACCAGAAAAAGGUAGUCCUCCCGUUCCUCCUCCUCCACCGCCAACUCCUACAACAUCAGCUAAAGUAUUUAUAAUAUCGAGUGUAUUUCAAAUCUCAGAUUCCAUGGAACAAAAUACUCAUAUUCUUAGAAUUAAAUACCUUUUAUUUAAGAUACUUCGCCGUGCGCUACCUUCUGUUGCGCAGUCGGUGGGGUUAAACGCGUCAGCUUCUCAGGUGCCAGUCCCACCUGCUCCACCUGCAACACCAGGACUGGUUCCCGCGCCUGAUAUGGCACCAUCGGUGCUUCCUACUGCAGCAGCACCUCCAACGCCCGGUUUCGCCAGUCUCCGACGUGCUCAUAGCGAAGGAGAUGACCUGGACAUUACAAGGUACUAUUUUAAGUCCGCAUUUAAUGUGGAUAAGGCAACAGAAUCCAAUAAUGAUACACCGUUAACCUUGGCAUGUUCGAAUGGCCACGCACAAAUGGUUGACGUCCUUGUUUGUAGAGGUGCCAAUAUAGAGCAUAGGGAUAAAAAGGGAUUCACCCCGCUAAUAUUGGCUGCUACGGGCGGGCAUCGUGAUGUUGUGGAGCUGCUCCUGAACAACGGUGCUCAGAUUGAAGCACAGUCGGAGCGCACCAAGGACACAGCACUGUCACUUGCCUGUUCUGGUGGCCGAAAAGAUGUGGUGGAACUCCUUCUGAGCAGAGGUGCCAACAAGGAACAUCGCAACGUGAGCGAUUAUACUCCGCUGUCACUUGCUGCAUCCGGAGGUUAUGUGGAAAUAGUUAAUAUGCUGCUGAAUGCUGGUGCAGAGAUCAACUCAAGAACUGGAAGCAAACUGGGCAUAUCACCUCUGAUGUUGGCAGCAAUGAACGGUCAUAAGGAAGCUACAAGGGUCCUUCUUGAGCAAGGAUCCGAUAUCAAUGCGCAGAUUGAAACGAACAGGAAUACCGCAUUAACUUUGGCAUGUUUCCAAGGCCGAACGGAAGUUGUGGGACUACUGCUUCAAUACAACGCCAACGUUGAACACAGAGCUAAAACGGGACUCACUCCACUAAUGGAGGCUGCAAAUGGAGGUUAUGUAGAAGUUGGUGAAUUGUUGCUUGACGCAUGUGCUGAUCCAAAUACUGCGCCGGUUCCAUCGAGUCGUGAUACUGCCCUCACAAUCGCUGCCGAUAAAGGUCAUGAACGAUUCGUCGAUAUGUUGGUGCACAGAGGAGCUCAUAUCGACGCUAGAAACAAGAAGGGCUGCACAGCUUUAUGGUUAGCAUGUCAUGGUGGUCACCUAGAAACUGUACAGACAUUGGUGAAGCACGGUGCAGAUGUCGAUAUGCAGGAUAAUCGGAAAAUGUCGCCAUUGAUGGUGGCCUUCCGAAAAGGUCAUGUCAAGGUUGUUCAACACAUGGUGCAACACGUGCGACAGUUUCCAGGGGACCAGGAACUCUUCCGCUAUUUAACAACGAUUAGUGAGCCUGACCUUCUUCGAAAUUGCCAAGAAUGUAUGGAUCUCAUCGUGAAAGCGAAAAAUGCACAAGCUGAAGAGGCAAAUCGAGCCGCGGAGAGCCUCCUGGCUCUUUUGGCAGAAGAAGUUUGUUCAUGUGUUCCAAGGUCGAAGAAACAAGCGAAGUUGCGUAAGAAGGAGAAGAAGAAGGAAAAGAAAGCAAAGAAACAUGAUGGCAACGAUAAGGAGAGAAGUACAGCGCCACUAUCUGAUGCACCAGCGCCUGCUUCCAAUGCUGAAGAGUCCCCUACCAUUCCCCGCGUUAAAGAAGAAAGCGAGGUUGUCUGUAGCACUGUCAUCGCACGUGUGAUAGGUCGUGGUGGUGCAAACAUCAAUGCAAUACGUGAAGCAACAGGUGCAUCUAUUGAAGUGGAGAAGCAGUCAGCUGUGCGGCGUGAUCAGCACGAUCGACAAAUUUGUAUCCGUGGGACGCAGGAGACUGUGCGGUGGGUGGUUUUUCAACUUGAAUAG